UGCGUUUCAUUCAAGAGGGAGGUUUGAUAUGGGGUAUAGUAAAUACCUGUCCUUUCUUUUCUUUGUAUGUUCCUCUCUGAGUCUGUUUACCUCAGUUCACAGCAGUCCUAAGUACUUGGUUGCUGUACCGCGACAUCUGCAGUGCUGUCAACCAGAGACAGUGUUGGUCUCGGCAUUCAACUUGAAUGGUGGCAGUAUUUCAGCAUACCUGCAAGUAGUAAACGAUUCCGGACAAGUCAUUACGCAAACAACUUCAAUCAAUGUCCUCGAAAGUAACUCACCCGUGGCUUUCAAUCUUACCCUACCUUGUCAGAAGUUGGCCAAACUAGAUGACCCUAAUGCUGAGCGUUACGUGAGUAUAAGAGCAGUGGGAAGUGGAUCCGCCUCAUUCAGUAAGGUCACAAGAGUCGCAGUCAAAGCAAGCCCUUCGCUCGUGUUCGUGCAAACAGACAAACCCGUCUACGUGGAGUACGACGAAGUUCACAUUCGAGUUGCCGUUCUUGGAUGCAAUUUUCGUCCGUGCUGUGGAGGCGACAAAGAAUGCGUUUGUGAUGUCAAUUUAGAUAUCAGGAAUCCACAAAACAUUAUUGUUGAUCGAUUGCCCAUACCAUCGUGUUCUUCUGACGGAGCCAUCAAACGUAAAGAUUUCAAGCUGGGGCCUUCUCCUGUGCAAGGUGACUGGACAAUUAUUGCCAAGCGUACCUGUGAUGGUAGCGUUAUAUCCGAGACGUAUUUUGAGGUGAAGAACUACGUGCUGCCUCGGUUUGACGUGAAUAUCAAACCUCCCGACUACGUCAAAGUCACGAGCCCUACCAUUGCUCUUGAAGUGGCUGCAAUGUAUACUUAUGGCAAAGGAGUUCGGGGUACGUUGUAUAUCGACUUGGGGAUAUGCAAUGAGACUUCUAUUAACGCUACGGUGUUUAAAAAGGCGAAAUUCGCUCUUUCUCCAUUGGAAAAAGGAGUGAAGAAAUUGAGCUUUCCCAAUGGAGGUUAUUUAGAAUUUCCUCACGGGAAGCGGUUGUGCAUAUUUGUUGAGGUCGUAGAAGAAGCUAGCGGAAUCAAGUUUGCAAAGUCGGACAGAUCUGCAGUGUUUACGGACAACCCAAUCAAAGUUGAUUGUGAUCUUACUCCACCUUUUUACAGACCCAAUCUUCCUCUUAAGUUGCAGGUGCAAGCAAGAUAUCCCAACGGUCGGACUGUUCCUCAAGCUCAGAUUACUGCAACUGAUGCAAAUGGUCGAAACUAUCUUCAUAGUAUACAAGCAGAAAGCAGAGGCAUUGCUGAUAUUGUUAUCGACGUGGGAAGCGUCAGCGGUGACAUGGAAAUUAAGAUCGGUGUAAGUGGUCAAGCUUUAGGGAAGGUGUGUGUUUUCAAACAGUUUUGUUCAUCUUGCGGAGGACACAUUACCGUCAGAGCAAAGACUGGAGACAAAAUACAGGUGGGAAGCAGAGCUAACUUUGAAGUAAUCAAAUCAAAUUCAGACAACAGACAGCUAACUAUUACGACUGUUGUCAUUGCGAGAGGAAGCAUUCAAUCAUCUCAGUCUGUAAGGAGUAGCACGGGUCCUCUGACGUCAUUUCAAGUCGAGAUCACACCUCAACUAGCCAAUCGUUUCUGCGUUCUUGCCUAUUAUAUGGAUACCUGCAACGAGCUUGUGUCUGACGUCGUCUGUCUAAAGACAGCAGAAACAUGCGCCAACGAGAUAUCAUUGAAACUGAAAACUCAGAGCGUUCGACCGGGCAAUCAAGCUACAAUUGGUGUCAACGUCGCUUGUCCAAAUUCUGACGUCGCAUUGUUGGCUGUAGACAAAGGAUUAUAUAUUCUCAAUAGUGAAAACAGACUGUCACGAGACAAAAUCUUUUCUGCUUUGGAUAAUUGUUCCUAUUCUUGUGGUUACACUGUUGCAAGUUCAGAUGGAAUGUUUGAUGUUGUUGGUUUGGCUGGCAUGUCUGACGCUUCUAUUAAUCCUCGCUGUAGCUGCUGUACACCUUCAUGCCGUGCUUCUUGUAUGAAUGCUGAUGACAGUUGCGGUACCGGACGAAAGAAGCGAGGAUCUAAACUUGUGGAAAGAUUGUGUGAUGAAAUAAAAAGGCGAUCAGGAAAACUUUCCAAUAAUGUUGCCGAUUAUUGCCUCAACGAGUACAGAGAGCUUGUUAAAGGAAAAUUUAGCAGCUUUGAUGACCAUUUGUCAGAGACGGAUCGAAGGAACGAGGCAGAGUACAAAACGGAGGAUGUAGCCACUUAUCUCUACCAAUGUUGUAUAGAAGACUUUAAGAACAGUGACAGAGCUAGAUCGAGUUCUCAAGGCGGCGUUGAUAACUUUGACAAGCAGGACCCGAGCUUCUUGAAAAGGCGAACGAAUUUUCCACACGUUUGGUUACAAGACAAAGUCCUUACCAACGGGAAUUUGAAAUCAUUUGACGUAACUGUUCGAGUUCCUGACUCGAUUACAGAAUGGUCUGUCUACGGAUUAGCGCAGUGCUGUGAAUCGGGAUUUUGCGUGUCAGAACCGAUCUCGAUUAACGUUUUUCAGAGCGUUUUUGUAGAGUGUCAUCUGCCAUUUUCGCUAAAGCGGCAAGAACAAGUGUCCGUGGCUUGCACUGCGUUCAAUUACAACCAACAUGCAACUAAUGCAUGGAUAAAAGUCGUUGAUGUACGUAAUGAUCUUUGCACUACUGCGGGAACGGGAAAAGAGACGGACUGGAUACCUUUUCGCAUUGAAGGUCAUGACUCGAAAACCGUUCUUAUUCCUGUUAUUCCAUUAGUAGUUGGAAUAACGGAGCUAUCGGUCAGGAUGAGUACGGACCUUACUAGUGAUCAGAUAGUUCAGAACAUCACUGUUGUGCCGGAGGGAGUUACUCGAGAGUCAGAUGCUGCUGUAGAGUUGGAUCCUCUUGGAGUCAAUAUGGACGAAUCAAAGAGCUGCACUCUUCUUCCACCUCCAGAUCUGAGAAUUGGCCAGUGCUUUAAAUACGUAUUCAUAAAUGGAGAAUGCAGUGAGCCUCUCGAAGGGCCAUUUACAAAGGACGGAUGUUGCACUCAACAAAUUGGUAAUUUUGCUUCGGCGUUUCGCGCACAAGGAGGAACGUGUGAACGGUGUCCUGGCAAAAACGAAACUCACUACUGCACGGGGCUGUGUCAAUGCGGAGGACGUCCUUACACUAAGAGUCAAACCAAUUUCUUUCCAGUACGACUUCCCGAAAACUACAUUGAGGGAUCGGUCACAGCCUGGAUUGGUGUCAGCGGAAAAUAUUUUACCGUAGGCGAAAAUAUGGAAGGAAAGGUGGACGAAAUCGAAAGCGUAGAGAGUAUGCUGGGAAUACCCGGUGGAUGUGGAGAGCAGAGCAUGCUAAGAUUUGGUCCUAACUGCGCUAUUGUCACAUUCCUAAAUGCCACCAAUCCAGGAGCUGUAAGGAAACACCUUCCGCUACUUCAAAAUGGCUAUAAUUACCAGUUGAAGUAUCGCCUGGUAGAUUCCGGAGCAUUUACUGUGUGGUUGCAUUACACACCAUCGACUUGGCUCAGUUCGUUCGUGCUGCGCACAAUGUGUUGUGCAAGAGAGUUUGUUAUAGUUGACGACGCGGUCGUCAGCGGUCUCAUCAACUUUCUCGGAACGAGACGCGAAAACGGCAAGUUUGUUGAACCGCAGAAUGUAAUUCAUAGAGAGAUGGUGGGUGGAGUUCAAGAGGCUGGUGUGUCGAUGACUGCUUACACAACAAUGAGUCUAUUGGAGUGCUGUCGCAACGAAGAGAAGCCAACUCUUGUGAAUCUAGUUUGUCCAGCAGUGAGUUACAUGCAGAAGGAGGUGGCUGCAGGUCGAGUGAACCGACCAUACGCGCAGGCAAUUGUGUACAAAGCUUUGAUCCAAGCUUGUGUUUGCGGCUGCGCGGUGUGCAAACCACAGGGAGUAUGUGAUUACACAAUCAUCGACAAAUUGAAGAAAAAUCUGUUUGACAAAGCAGUAAUUGACACUGACGGUUCUAUGCACUGGGAAGCAGACAGCAGAUUGGGGAAUGCCUAUUGGUAUAGUAAACCGUCUGCUAUUUCGGUAGAAAUGACGGCUUACGUCUUACAAGCAUGCCUUUGCGUUGGUGACUGCAAGUGUGCCCGAUCUACAGCCAAGUGGCUCAAUACUGCUAGAAACUCACGAGGAGCCUUUGUCUCAACACAAGACACUGUGGUUGCUUUGACAGCCUUGGCUCAAUUCGCAGCCGGAUGCCGUGUCACUGUUCUUCAUGCUCCCAAUUUAUGUAUAAAUGUUCGUUCAUCGAAUUAUUCCCUUAUCAAGACAUUUCGAAUUACUCCACAAAAUGCAGACGUUAUGUACCGCGUUCCGGUUCCUGUCAAUGAACUCAUUAGAGUCGACACGUGCGGAAGCGGGCUAGGACGGGCAGUGGUGCAUUACGAGUACAACGUUCCCGGGACUUCCGUCGAACAAUGCGCAUUUGACAUUGCUGUGAAUGCUUCGAAGAUGACAAUGAACACAAACUUUGAGCCACCUGUCGGAGCUCAAAUUUCCUACUGUGUUAGAUAUUUGGGCUCUGGAUGCACCACAAUGGCUGUAGUAGAACUUGAGUUGCCGACUGGAUACGAAGCGUGUGAAAGCCUCGAGAACAAUUUCUCGGAUUGGCGAUGUCUCAGUACCAUAUUACGAGAUGGCGGUAGCCGACUUGGGUUAUCAAAAUACGAGGUCUCAGAGAGAAAGGUCGUGUUUUACUUUGAAAAGCUGUGUGACACCGAACGAACGUGUGUCGUUUUCAAAACUUACCGCAAGUUUGAGAUCGUUCAUUCUCUACCCGUCAGUGUACAUGUGUUUGAUUACUACGAGCCAGAGGUACAAUGCACUAAGUUUUACACGCUUGGAGGAGGAAGCCCGGAGUUGGGCUUGAUUUGUGACAGUUCGAACAAAGGACAGCCUGCUUGUGUAUGUGGAGCAGGACGUUGUCCAAAAUUAGAAAAGGAGAUUCACAACAGGCUCUGCAAUGCUUGCGUUCAUCAUGACUAUGUGUACAAUGUGCGCAUCAAUGACGACACCUAUGAAAAUGGAUGGCACAAACUCGAUGUGACUGUUGUUGACGAGAUCAAACCAGGGGCACAUAGGCAGAAGAACGGAUCAAAUCUUCGUCUGUGGUUACCUUCGAUUUGCACCACCGACAUUAAACUUGUUACUGGCAACUGCUAUCACAUUCAAGGCAGAGAUGGAACCAAAUAUGUUCUCGAUCACAACACAGCCAUUGAACCAUGCCCAAAAGAUACGUCCAGUGCUUCCGAUUGCAAGAAGAAGGUGAAGCAAAAAUGCGUUGUAAAGCCGUGUAAGAAGCAGAAAACCAAGAAAAAGAUACGUAAAUGUGAAAAGAAAAGAAUGGAAAAGUGCGAGGAUGAAUUCAAAGCGUGCAAUCACUUGGACGCCUUUAAAAAGUACAUCACGAAAUUGCGCGAUGGCUCAAUAUGCGAGUCCAGAGACAUUUGUUCGAGUUAGGAUACGAAGGUGUCGUUUCUGUUUUGUGUACGGCUAGAUUUCGUCUUGCAAUAUGACAUUGUGACUUCUUCGUUUGUGUUAUUGGAACACGGUAGAGACAGCUGGUGUUGCAACUGUUUGUGACGUUGUAGUGUAGAUGGCGUAUUCGUGUUAUUCUGUCUUUGCAUAUGCAUCCUCUGGCUCUCAUCUUGAAAAAACAAGGGUUCCAGAGGUGACAAAUUAGAAGUAAAGAAGGUGA